AUGUUGUCAGGUGAUAUUUUGAUCCGUCAACCUUUGAGUGUGGCCUUGCUGCCGCCACCCUCAUUAAUAGAGUUUUGUAAAAUUAUGGCGGCAAUUGCAACGCUAGCCAAUCAGCAAAAUAUCGACGAUGAUGACAUUUUCCUAGAAAAUGGUCUUUUGAGCUACGAAAACCCCAACUAUCAUAUGGAUCCCCAGCGAUUGGAACGCAAUUCACAUUUGUACGAGGAGAUCAUUUCGGAAUUGCAACAGCAGGGAACUCUCCGACCGAUCGCGGGCGUACAGAAUGGUUCACAAAUGAUCAGUAACAAUCGCAAAGGCUACGGAGUGCUCGACCUUGGCACGAUGGGUGUAGACCUGAAGAGUGGUCCAGAUGGAAGUUCCCCAAAGGAAAAGAAAACGUUGCUUAGUGAUACGUCUCCAAACGAGUCGAAAACACAGAAGGAUCAAGAACCGGAACAUGGUGAAAAAACGCACGAGAUUCAACACAUUCCUGGGACAUUAAAUUCGGACGACCUGUACGCAUUACCGAACAAGAGGAAACAGUCGGAUGUGGGAGAAGUGCCACCGGAAGAGGAUGACGCGGAUGACGAAGAGCUCGAUAGGGACGGGUUGGAUGGCGAAGAGAAAGGAAAACGAGAGGACAUCGAAGCCAUUGAGGAUAAGGACAAAACGAAAGAUUUACCACCGGGUUGGGAGAAACACGAAGAUAACGGAGGUGCGUACUACUGGCAUAUCAAGUCGGGUACCAUCCAGCGUGAACCACCACUGUGGCCAAAGGACUCGACCAGUAGAGAAUUGAAAACGCCCAGCAUUCCCAUACCGCGAAGUAUACAGAAUUCCUCCUUCACUCAAGCCUUGAACAACCUGUACGGCAAUCCCAAGGAUGGUACUGUUGGUGCAAGCGGCAACAGUAAAUCCGCCCUAUACGACAGUAUGACAUCGUCCGUGACUAGAAGCAGUACCAGCUCGGCAUUGGAUCAGGAAGACGAACGACGCCGUCGGGAGGAUGUUGCGUUAAAACGACGAAGCUUUCCUUUGAAAUCGGAUACGGAUAGACCAAUUCGGUUUGCGGUGCGUUCGCUCGGUUGGGUGGAAAUUGCGGAAGAAGAUUUGACACCGGAGCGAUCAUCGAAAGCCGUUAACAAAUGCAUCGUUGAUUUGUCACUCGGGCGGAAUGAUAUGUUGGACGUGGUUGGCCGUUGGGGCGAUGGCAAAGAUUUGUUCAUGGAUCUAGAUGAAGGGGCGCUAAAGUUGAUAGAUCCGGAAAAUUUGACAAUAUUAAACUCACAGCCAAUUCACACGAUACGUGUAUGGGGCGUAGGACGUGAUAAUGGCCGUGAAAGGGACUUUGCAUAUGUGGCACGGGAUCGUCUUACCAGAAUACACAUGUGUCACGUGUUUCGCUGUGAAACUGCUGCCAGAACGAUUGCAAAUACGCUCAGAGAUAUUUGUAAACGGAUAAUGAUCGAACGUUCCCUCCAACUGGACACAAAUGGAUCCAACAUGAACAGCACACGAUGCGCCAUACGUCCCACUGAUCUACCGACUGAGAACAGACGCUGGAUACGACAUCCACAAUCAUUCCCAACCCCGAUGGAAGAACCGAAGAAAGUAUUACGAGCACAGUACGUGGGAUGUGCGGAAGUAAGUCAGCCGACCGGUAUGGACGCAUUGAAUGAUGCUAUCGAUAAAUUGACUUCCUGCACGCCAUCCGAAAACUGGGACUAUGUAAACGUUGCUGUAGCGCCUAGUAUGAUCAGCGUCAUCUCGACGGAUCCUGACGGACGCUUAUUAUGCGAAUGUCGUGUGCGGUACUUAAGUUUCUUGGGUAUUGGUAAGAACGUUCAGCAGUGCGCAUUUAUCAUGCAUACCGCUCAGGACAAAUUUGUAGCCCAUGUAUUUUACUGCGAGCCAACAAGCGGACCAUUGUGCAAGACGAUAGAGGCUGCGUGCAAGCUGCGAUACCAAAAAUGUUUGGAUGCUCAUCCAGAAGGCGGAGGUCGCUACUCGGCUGAUUCGCAAACGCCUGGUAAAGGAAUUGGUGCGACUUUAAAAAACUUGAUGAGCUCGUUCUCGCUUAAAAAGGAUAAGGUCAGCUCCUGA